UGAGCUGAGACUGCUCUGUUUUACCUUUAUCUCAAAUCUCCCUUUUCUUCCCCUAGAUCUGAGAUCUCUCUGGCUUCCCUCUGAACCAAGCUCGCUCUGCCUUUCUUUGGAGCCGAGAUCACUCUGCCUUUUGGACGCCAGCUCUGUGCUUGCAGAACCCCGCCUGACCCUCCCAGCAUCCUGCCUCCCUCUAUAGGGUGGAGUCUCUCACCUGAGGGCAGGGCCAGGGCCUUUGUGACUCCUGUGGGGCCUCACCCUGUAAAUCCCUGUAGGCCAGCCUGCUGCCUGGGAAGAGAAGAGCAAGACCUCUCCCCCUCUGGGAUCCUUCUCUCUGCCCAGCUCAGUCUGCAGAGGACCAAGGCCUGGCCCCAGCAGGGAGCCUGGAGCCAGAGGGAAUGGCCCCUGGGAGCAGCAGCCCCCCUCCCCAGGGGUUGGUGACAUUCAAGGAUGUGGCUGUGGACUUCACCCAGGAGGAGUGGGGCCUCUUGGACCAUGCUCAGAAGGAGUUGUACAAGCGGGUCAUGCUGGAGAAUGCCCAGAACCUGCUCUCCCUGGGGCUGCCAGUUCCCAGAGAAGACAUGAUCUCUUCCUUUGAGCAAAGGGAAGGCCCAUGGAUGCUGGAGCAAGAAGGCCUGAGGAGCUGCUGUCCAGACGGAGAGAUCAGUCUGGAAAUGAAGGAAGCUGCUACAGAGCUAAGCCUUUCUGUGGCAAAAACUCCCAAGCAAAGAUUCAUAAGUGAUGGUCCCUCUGCCUUCAAUUGGAGAGAAGUCUGCAUAACACCUGAGAGUAUCCAAACUGGAGAGAAACCGUAUGAGUGUAAUAAAUGUGGAAAGACUUUUACAUGUAAGCACAGUCUUGUUAUGCAUAGAAGAAUCCACCUUGGGGAAAAACCUUAUGAACAUAAUCAAUGUGAGAAGGCUUUUAUUGCCCAUCAGAGAACACACACUGCAGAGAAACUUUAUGAAUGUAAUCAAUGUGGAAAAGGUUUUAAAUCAUGGAGCAUGCUUACUCGACAUCAGAGGAUCCACACUGGAGAGAAACCUUAUGAAUGUAAUCUAUGUGGACAAGCUUUUAUACAGAAAGUUCAUCUUAUUGCACAUCAAAGAACACACACUGCAGAGAAACCUUAUGAAUGUAAUCAAUGUAGAAAAGCUUUUAAAUCAUCUAACAGUCUUACUGUACAUCAGAGAAUCCACACUGAAGGGAAACCUUAUGAAUGUAAUCAAUGUGGAAAAGCUUUUAUAUGGCGGAAAUGUCUUACUACACAUCAGAGAAUCCACACUGGAGAGAAGCCUUAUAAAUGUUAUCAUUGUGGAAAGACUUUUAGAUGGAAGGACAGUCUUUUUGAACAUCAGAGGAUACACACUGGAGAGAAACCUUAUAAAUGCAAUCAAUGUGGAAAGACUUUCAGACGUAGGAAGUCUGUUGGUGAACAUCAGAGGAUGCACACUGGAAAGAAACCUUAUGAAUGUAAUCAAUGUGGAAAUGCUUUUAUCACAAGCACUAGUCUUAUUAAACAUCAGAGGUCACACACUGGAGAGAAACCUUAUGAAUGUAAUCAGUGUGGAAAGACUUUUAGAGUGAAGGCUUCUCUUAUUAAACAUCAGAGAACACACACUGGAGAGAAACCAUAUGAUUGUAAUCAAUGUGGAAAGACUUUUACACAUAAGCACAGUCUUGUUACACAUAGAAGAAUCCACACUGGAGAGAAACCUUAUGAAUGCAAUCAAUGUGGAAAGACUUUUAGAGUGAAGGCUUCUCUUAUUAGACAUCAGAGAACACACACUGGAGAGAAACCAUAUGAUUGUAAUCAAUGUGGAAAGACUUUUACACAUAAGCACAGUCUUGUUACACAUAGAAGAAUCCACACUGGAGAGAAACCUUAUGAAUGUAAUCAAUGUGGAAAGACUUUUACAAAUAAGCGCAGUUUUGUUAAAAAUAGAAGAAUCCACACUGGAGAGCAACCUUAAGAAUGUAAUCAGUGUGGAAAGGGUUUUAAACAGAAGGCCUCUUUUACUUAAACAUCAGAGAAUCCACACUGGAGAGAGACCAUAUGAGUAUACCCAGUGUGGAGAAUCAGAGAGGAAGAGGGCAGAGCACUCAGACUGGGAAUGGGAUGGGGAAGGGAGGCAGAAUGAGGAAGAGAAGGGAGGGGGAGAAGCAGAGAACAUCUCUUCCCCAACCAUGGCUUAGAGUUGGGGUCCCUUGGCAGCUUGGAUGACCUUGGCAUCUUCCAUGUCUCCUCAAACGCCAAGCCCUCCACAGAGCUUGCUUCAGCUGCCUUCAUGGCCGUUUGAAUAAAUUGUUCUCAUCUGCUAUUCCUGGGGGGGGUUGUUCUUGUGCUUGGGGUUGGCACCCCCUCCCUCAUCCAUGUGUUUGUGGCCUUUCAGUAACCCUCAAGCUGGCUUAGCCAGAGGCAGAUUAGCAAGGGUGGCUGCUGGGCAUGCUACAGCUUCUUGGGGCCAUAGGGGAGAGUUGGGUGAGAGGUGGACACCCAAGGAGUGUGGAAAGGGCUCAGCCAGGCCUCCCACCAGAGGGGCUAGUCCUCCUUGAACAGCCAUGUACCUGGAAAGCAAGAAGGGUGGGGCUAAAGACACCCUAGCAAGAAGGAGAGAAUGUUCCCAGCAUGGGGGACAGCCACUGGAAAGGCAGAGGCAGGAGAUCAGGUCUUGGUUAAACAUAAGCCAGGAGGACAGUGACCCUGGGUCAGAGAGCAGGAGGAGGAGGAAGAGAGGAGUGAAGUGUAAGAAGACUGGAAAGGGGGUAAGGCUGGUUAUAUGUACCUACUGUGCGCCAAGCACCUUGUACAUUUUAGCUCAUUUGAUUCUGCUGCCAGAAUUCCUAGGGUCCUCGUUAGUGACAUUCUGAAUAAGGCAUACAGAAGCACUCAUGCACAAAGAAACAAACACACAUGCACAGACAUGAGUCCACACACAUAAACA